CACGACCGAGCCGUGUUAUACCACAUCGCGUCUAUAGGCUCUCAGUGUACACUGGUAUUUACCUUAGCGACCUAUUGUGCUCGUGCUGAUCAUGGGCCUCGAGGCGCGUUUGCCACCAAUCCAGCCGGAUGUGGACGCGUCAGACAAUGAGGCAUCAAACCCAGUAGAAGAAGUCGCGGAACUGCCAGUACUUACGACUACACCGACAGCCUAUUCGGGAUGCUGUUUAGCACUCAGUAAAACCCUCAUCGCUUACCUCGCCUCGGUCCUUCCUCAGCCUCCCGCGCGUACUCUAUCCAUUGGAAGCGGCUUCGGCCUCCUCGAAAGCUAUCUCAUCACCAAACCCUAUGCGUACCACGUUAUAGGUGUUGAAGUAGAACCAAGCUCGAACAAGUUCUUGCCUUCCUCAAACCAUCGCAUCGUUCACGGCACGCGUUUUCUUGAGCCGCUCGCGGCGGAGGCUACGACUUGGCUUUUCGUAUACCCGCGACGCGUUGGGCUAUUGCGCGAAUACCUCGUACAGUAUGGCCAAGACAGCGUGGACACAGUGAUAUGGGCAGGUCCCACGGCGGAUUGGUAUGACUACAAGGCAUGCUUUGCCGGUUGGACUGUCGAAGAGCAGAGCGCCGAGCAGGUUGGUGGAAGGGCCUGGGAGCUGAUCGUCGUCGCACACAAGCCUAAGUCAUGAGACAAGAUUUCCGUAAUAGUGGACGUAUCCCUUCUCGACGCUGAAUUCAUGCGUUGACCCCAGACUCAUCCAUCCGACCACACGGAGGGCAGAGCAUGAUGAGUUCUCCCAGUG